CGCGAGGCCAACAAAAGUUUUGGGAAAGAAGCGUCAAUGGAGCCAAAAUACCUCGAUUAAACUACCGUUAUGUCUCUUAAAUAAGUAAUGGGCGGAAAUGCGCAGAACAUAUUUGCCUUAUAGAUACGACGACCACUCCAAAAUGACCUGGAGGCAGCAGAGUUUUUCUAAAUCGUGACAUGGAUUGGGCCGGAGCGGGUCCUCUUGGAGAAGAGGAUGUUGAAGAAUUACGCUCCGAGCGCUCGAUACGAGGACUAAAGUCAGCAGAAGAAAUAGAAAGGCUGACAGUUGACGAAAACCUCGAUGACAUAGAGCGGGCAGUGCUUCUCAUGAGUUCUGGCAUCGAGACUCAAAAACUGAGCAUCUUGAACAAAUUGCCCAAACUUCUAGAAACCAACAGUAGUGAUGUCAAUCGGAGAGUUGUUCCUUUAUUAAGGGAUUAUUUAUAUGUUGCACCAGUUCAUAUACAGCUUGCUGCAACAAAGUCUUUUACAGUUGUUCUGCAAAAUUCAACUCUACCUAUCUACCUGUUUUCUUCAUCACUAUUACCAAUAGUGUUGCAUAAUAUUAAUAAUAGGGAUUCUGUAAUUUCAGAUGCUUGGUUAGAAACUCUUCUGUUCUCUAUAGAUUUUUUACCAAAAGAUGUCAUUAAAAGAGAGAUUGUACCUUUGGCCAUAUCCAAGGGACAACUAUCACAGUCUGUCAGUUGUCGCCUUGCAAGCUGUAAGCUACUUGGACGUAUUGCACCAAAAUUUGAGCCAUUCUGGAUAAAGAAGGAAUUGAUGAUGCUAGUGACUUCUUUGUCACAAGAUGUUGAUUAUGAAGUAAGAGCUUGUAUGUGUCAGGAACUUGAACCAAUAGCAAGAGCUCUUGGAUUGGAAACGACAAAAACCACUAUUAUUCCUGAACUUGUUGAAUUGACUAAUGAUGAAGAAAAUAGUGUUCGGCUUGUUGGAUUAGAAAGUAUAACGAAUCUUCUAAGCCUUUUAGAUGAUGAUACCUGCACUACUGUCAUAAUACCACUUGUACAGAAAUUCUGUGAAAAAUGCAAUAAUUAUGGAAAAGAGUCAUUAAUUAAAGUUUCCAAAUUGUUUGGAAAAUUAUGUCAUGGGUUGUCAGUCAAUUUUGAUGAAAACCAAAGGAAGUGGUUCCUUGACUAUUACAGAAGAUUAUGUGGUUGUGGAAAUCCAAACAAAAAUAAUAAAGUUGGAAGUGUGACAUUGGCACUUCAGAAUUAUAGUUUAUCUGGAGCAACAAUACAAGAUGAUGAUGAUGCAGAAUGUAGAAGAUGUUGUGCGUACAAUUUACCUGCAAUGGUGCUGUUUGCUGGACCUCAAAAGUUUAAUACAGAGUUAUCAGGAGUUUUCCAUGAUCUUGUGGAAGAUCCUCAUGCAUUGGUUAGAAGGACUGUUGCAUGUGGCUUUCAUGAGGUUGCUAAACUUCUGGGUUCUAAUGUUGGCCUUACAUUACAAGAUUUAGGUAUAUUAUUAAAAGAUGAAUCUAUAGAGGUUCUUCAAGGACUCAUUCCAAAUUUACCAGAGAGUUUAGAAUGUUUAGCCAAUAGAGGGCAUGCAGCUAAGUUAAAUAAUUUAUCAGAGUUAAUUGCGUCAUUAGUAGCAUGUGAAUUGGCGAUUGCAUCAUCAAGUAACUGGCGGCUCCAUGUGGAACUCUUGGAGAAAUUUGCUUGUUUUCCAAAAUGUCUGACUUCAGACCAAAUCUACUAUAAGUUUGUCCCAUUGCUCUUUCGGCUGUUAUCUUCAAAUCGUGUAUUACCAGUAAAGCUAGCAGCCGCUAGAACACUUUGUGUCUUCAUAAGAUUCAACAGAAAAUUUGAGCAAAGACAGGAAUUGUGCUGUAGACUAAUACAAGAAUGCGGAAGAGGCAAGAGUUAUAAAUCAAGACUACUUUUCAUUGACAUCUGCAAAUUUAUCAUGGAUUUAUUCUCUAGAAGUUUUUUCAAAGAGAAUUUCUUUGAGUUUUUAUUGGAAUUGGCUUCGGAUCCAGUACUGAAUGUUCGGUUAAAGUUUUGUUCCGUAUUACCAACACUAAAAUCCGUCCUCAAACUGUCAGAUCGUGCCUUACUACAACAACUUGAACAGUGCGUUCGAAAAUUAUUGAGCUCUGAGCAGGAACCAGAUGUCUGUGCAGCAAUUCGAGAGGCUGUAAUGAAACUGGAUAAAAUAGAAAUUGCCAUGGAUAUGUAUUCUCGAAGAACUGUGUUUGAAGAUGACUUAAAUGAUCAAAAGAAAGAAGAGGAAGAAAAACUUCUUAAAGCCAUGGAGGAUAAAGAGAAAGAAGAAAUGGCUGGGGGGCGUCAACCGUCUGACUUGCGGAAAAAAGGCAAUAGAGACGAUAAAAAUAUUAGAAAAGGUUCAAUUAAAAAUAAAGGCAGCAAGAGUGACGGACAAAAUGCAAAGAAAACUACUAACCCUCAAGCUUCAGGGAGUUCAGGAUCGUCCAAGAUGGCUUCAAAAAGCUACACAGCACAAUCCAAAACUCUUGGUUCAUCUAAAAGUUCGCCAUCGACAAGUCUCCAAAGAUUACCGAAUAUGUCGUCAGCUUUACCUUCGGCAUCUUCCGCGACCUCGUCAUCGUUAGGUGGAGCCGGUCGCAAGGAUUCGCCUGCUCUGAGUAGUUCAUAUACUUCCACAUCAAAGUCUGCUACUAAAACAAAAAUAGACAAAACGACGGAUCGUAGCACAACAUCAAAGACCAAGCGCUCAAGUGCAUUGUCCCAAAGCAACUUUAGGUGAUUUUGUGCUCGAUAUAAAUGGACUGUGGUGUUCAACAAGAAAACGAUGUCAACACCUGCGUAUGAAUAUAUGCAAUAAAAAUGGUGCUAAAUAUUACAGGCUAUCCAUUGAGGAAGAUCAAAUUGUCAUAACAAAUGUUGCCAUAUAGUCCGUGGUCAGUAGUCCAGGCCUUGUUCUACCUCUGGUCAAAUAAAUGGUUUGCCGAGUUGGCUAGCCGAACUGCCAGAGAGUUUAACUAAUAAAACAGUUAAAUAUAAUUAUAUGCCCACUGACGUUCGUCUAGCGACGUUUUCUCAAACCUAAGGAAGCUAUUCACGUCUUCACGAAACCACGAAGCUACGAUAUUCAUAAAUAUGAAGAAACUACAAACAAAAUUUGAGAGUGGAACGAAAAUGAAACUCCAAACUUUACAUUCGUAGCUUCUUUCAAGCAACGCCUCAUCAUUUUGAAAUUAUGAUAAUAUCGUAAUCUGGAGAUAUGAGAAGCUUUACUUAUCACACCGAAUGCUAAAGCGUACUAGAACGGCUUGGAUAAUUCUUUGAAGCGAUAGUGUAAAGUGAAGUUCAAUUGGUAAUUAUAGACUGUCUAUUGAAUCUUAUGGGAUUCCUGUUGGACUGAGAUGUGGAAGAGAGAUGACGGACCCAUUCUCAUCUCUUUGACUACACAGGAACCCCAAAAUUAGAAGUUGUCUCUGAGCAGAGGCUAUUAAGACUGAGAUUGUAUAUAUUAGUUUUUGGAUGUCCUUAGAUAUGUUGAUCACAGAUAGUGCUAAUCUCAAGAGACAAUUCAAUUUCUUACUCGUGUAGUAUUAAUUGAUCUGAUCUGAUCUUAUCAGAUGGAACAAUACUGUGUUAGAACUAAUUUAUGUUUCACUGUCAACCCCAGUGCCCUGUCAUUCGUUUGUAUUUCGGCGAGCAUGCGCAGAAUGACAGGGCUCAGGGGUCGAGAGCGAGUUAAGUUUUUAAAACGAUGGAAAGUAAAAAUCAUUGUUUAUGAA